GGCCAGGUUGUUGGCAAAUCACGUCGUCCACGAACAGCUUUUACUUCCCAGCAAUUACUGGAACUUGAAAGACAAUUUAAAAUGAAUAAAUAUCUGUCUAGACCAAAGAGAUUUGAAGUAGCAACAACAUUGAUGUUAACAGAAACACAGGUCAAAAUAUGGUUCCAAAACAGAAGAAUGAAAUGGAAACGUAGCAAGAAG